AUGUUAGAAUUCGCCAAGGCCUUCAAUCACACGUGGUCCUUUUUCUACUUCAAUGGUAUCCUGUCGUAUUUUGUGACGUGUCGAGAGCUUAUUACAAAAGGACACCGCAUCCAGUCCUCUGCGGAUCCUCCAUCACCUUCACUACCCCUCUCCAGUGACUUUGUGGCAACCGCGCCGCCAGAGCCUACCGUAGGCAGCAACACCCACCCACCUACCCUAUCGUCUAGCCUUGUCUUGCCAUCGCCCGACAUGAAUGAGUCUAGAGGUUCGGUGCAUAGCCUGAUUGCAAGGUCAGGCUGGGAGGCCGCGUGUGCACUUGAAGUUGUACCUGGACCUGUUCCCGUCCAAGUCGUCAAACUAAACUUGUCUCCUCUCCUCAAAAACGUCAAAUUCCCAUCUUCCAGCCCAGAUCAACGAGCUCGACUUGAACUUGCCAAACGUCUUGCUUACUCCCUUACUGAAAUCCAAAAUUCAACCUUUCAAUCCUGCCUACAACACCAAGCCGCAACCAUGACGAAAGGCUGCCCCGGUUGCAACCGCGAGAUCAAGGACUCUCAGACCUACUGCGUCUAUGGAUGCAGCCAAGAUGCCUACCAUGAACAGCGAGAAGCUGACCGCGAAGCCGAGCGUGAAAGAGAACGCGAGCAGGAGCGGCAAAGGUCGCAACCGCUUGUUGUUGUCAAUGUGAGCGGCGGGGGAAGUCAGCAGAGCAUGUGGCGACAGAUGUUCGAGUUACCCUGGAAGGGGUUAUGUCUGCAGAUAGAGUGUUAG